GGAUUAAUUUAAUCAGUGCGAAAGAUGGGCAAGUGCGGAAAAUUUCUGUUCAUCGUCGCUUCUUUGAUCGCGGUCUUCGUGGGUGUUAAAAUUAAAGAAUGCAGUAAAAGUCCGCCGAUUCCGACUGUGCCAGAACCCUACUGGGGCCCAGGUAAAGAGGUCAAAGAUGAUACAACAAUUAAACCAUUCAAAGUCAACAUAUCCGAUAAUGUAUUAGAUGACUUGAAAAACCGACUUCUCAGGCACAGAUUGAUUACGAAGUCUCUGGAAGAUUCGAAUCACCAUUAUGGGAUCAAUUCGGCGCUCCUCAGUGAAGUUGUUGACUUCUGGAGAAAUGAUUACGAUUGGCGGAAGCGAGAAGUGUACCUGAACAAGUUUCCUCAAUUUAAGACGCAAAUUCAAGGACUCGACAUCCAUUACAUACACGUUAAACCUGAUACCAAUAUUCAGAAAAUACCGCUACUUAUCCUCCACGGUUGGCCGGGUUCGGUUCGGGAAUUCUACGAAAUCAUUCCGAUGCUGACUGAAGUGCAGAAGGGCAGGAACUUUGUUUUUGAGAUCGUGGCUCCUUCUCUUCCAGGUUAUGGAUUUUCUGAUGGCGCUUCGAAAUCGGGCUUAGGAGCUGUCGAGAUGUCUGCAGUUUUGAAAAAUCUGAUGAUUCGUUUGGGUUACAAGAGGUUCUAUGUUCAAGGUGGCGAUUGGGGAAGCACCUUGGCUGCAACCAUGGGUACCAUAUAUCCAGACUACGUCAAGGGAAUACAUUGUAAUAUGUGCAUGAAUUAUAACCCUGUCUCUUAUUUAAAGCUUUUCGUGGCGAGUUUUUACCCUACGUAUUUCAUGACGGAAAAAGAAGUAGAAAGCAUAUAUCCACUUUCGAAUCUUAUGUCGAAGCACGUAUUAGAGAGUGGAUACUUCCAUUUGCAAGCCACAAAACCUGACACAUUAGGCGUUGGUUUGAACGACUCUCCAGUUGGAUUAGCAGCUUACAUUCUGGAGAAAUUCAUUAUCGGGACCAAUUACAGUUACAGAAACCGCAUGGAUGGUGGGCUUAAGAUAAAAUUCGACUACAAUAAACUCUUGGACAAUGUAAUGAUCUAUUGGGUAACAAAUUCGAUAACAACUUCGAUGCGCCUCUACUCAGAAACGGUCAACGUCGCCCAAAGGAAAUAUAACAUAAAUAAAAUCGAAACUAAAGUACCGAGCGCCUGUGCCCAAUUCAUAAACGAUUUGUUUUACCAACCCGAGUGGAUUCUCAGGGAUAAGUAUGUAAAUAUGGUUCAUUUGAAGAACUUUGAUGACGGUGGACAUUUUGCUGCGCUUGAAGUUCCCGGGGUGUUAUCCCAAGACAUAUUUGAAGCCAUCACCAAGAUGGAAGUGCUUGAAACCACCAAAGAAUAGUACUGCAAAUCUAGUACUCUAAAUUAAC